AUGACUACAAUGAAGCAGGAUGCACAGCAACGGCUGAUGCAGCGCUUGUGGACAGGUGAACGCGGCGGCAAACCACGAAUGCAGGCAACCGUGGAGGCGCUGCAUGGUAGCUUCUGCCCAAGUGGCCGUGGAAAAAUUGCGUUGGCCUCUGUCUUAAGGCAAAGCCUUCGACUACUGCGAGGGGCGGGUAUGGAGGACAAAUUCGUCGUGGCUGCCAAUUGUUGCAUGAGUUCGGUCCCGGACUUCAUCCUGAAAGAUGCUUCUCGAGAAGUUCAAUUGGAGACUUCUAGCUUGUGUAUUCCUGUCUUAUUCGAUUGCUUCGAAGGUGCUGAGGUCUUUGAAGAGCUUCGUCCUCUCCUGGACUUCUCCAAUGAGAGCUUGGUAAUGGGAGACCGUCCAUGCUCUUCUGCACUGGUUGCAUUUCAAGUGGCUAUUUCCGUUGCUUGCUCCCAGGGCUAUAUGCACCGUGUACUGCCUGCCUUUUGUGCAUCACCUCCGCCGAGCUUGCGGCCUUUGGCACGGAAGGCGCUCAGAGUGUUGGAUGAGGAGCUUGGAAUCACCGGAGUGGAGGAUCUCUCACCGCUUGGGCUGACCUUCCGCGCGCCAAUCUUUCAAGCCAUGCUGCAGGCCAAGGGCGUGAAAUUGACACAAAUGCCCCUGGUGGAGUUGGGCCUGGCAGAUGCAAUGCCAAGUGCCCCUGGCCGAGGACAGCGCUGGGGCUUUGGCCGGCAUUUGGCAGCAGCCGUUUGUGCCAUGGUUUUGGCCGAAGAUUUGGAACAACUCUCGGACCUCGCGCCGUGUUGCAGCCUUGGGGCCAAAGCGCCAGAGUUCCUGGAAGCUUUAUUUGUUCCAUUGGCAGCCUGCGUCAUUCCCCUCCGCAAGAGCAUUGAGCGUCUGAACGAGCGAUUUGGAGAUCGCUUGCUAGCACUACUUCAGUCCAAGGCAAGCCAGGUCUUUGCGUUUGCGUUGCAGCUGCCUUUCGUGACAUUUGGAUGUGCUCACCCUGUGGACGUCGACAGCAUUGCCACAGCUUUUCGGGAAGUAGCUCCGCAAGUGGAAUGGGUCGACACGAGCAGAUUCGUUUCCAAACAUUUCAGGGAUUUGCUCUACUUGCUGGAUCCUGUUAUUCGCGCUUGGUCUCCACAUUUGCCUCAGACCACCGUGAUUCUGCUGCGCAGUUUGAUUGGCUGGGCGGGGCCAUUGAAUGGAAGCCGGUUGCGCGUGGCCCUGGCCAUGCUUUUGCAACAUUCCGAGAUGCCACCCAAGCAGCGCAUUGAACUAAGCAGAGUUGUUGCGAAGGCGAUUUCAGCAGCUGGACACAGCACGGGAGGGCUGAUGAAGUUGGUGAAACACAGGGACGAGACGAUCACGUUGAUCCUCUCCAGAGUGGAGCAUGAGUGGUCUACAGCGGCUCCUGCAGCCAUUCGAGGUGAGUCGGGCCCUGCCGAACGAAGCCCUGCUCUCUCAGCAUUGCUGGCAGUCCUUAGUGCAUUGAAAUUUGGAGAGAGCCCAGCAUCUGGAGUGGUUUGGCUGCAGCUGCACCUGGAAGCAAUUCUGCCAAGGCUCGUCCCAGAAGCUCAAAGGCUGGUGGCCUCUGCAGCUCAUUUGGAACUUCCUGAAGAACGGUCGGCCAAGCGGCUUCGGCGGACAGCCACAGCCAGGCUUGGCAUGGAGGCAGCUUUGCGACAGUUGGCGCCGUUGCCAUCCGAUCUCACCUGGGGUCCACCGUCCUCGCCUGAUCUAGGGUGCAUUGUGAGAUGUUUUCCAGAAACCAAAAGCGAUGAAGCUGGUGAAGAGGUGAUCUACACAAGCCUACGUCUUCUUGCGCAGGGUUCGCCGGAGCAAUUGCGGAGUGACCCGCCCUUGGCUCGAGCAUUGGCUUUGGGCCUAGCCUCUUUGAAGCCCGCUGCCAACAAGGCGCAGAGUGUGAUUUGUCAAGAUGUGGUGGAGGCAUCUUUGGGAACCCAUCGCGUCGAUGAGCUCCUCUACUCUGUGGCACUGCUGGGUGCCACGCACCUACAAGCACAUCCUCUUGCCAGCGUGAGGCAGAUGUCUGGCAGAGCGCUACGUCACCUGAUGGCCGCACAGAAGCAAUUGUGCCAAUCAGCCAGGCAGGCAUUGUCGAAGCUGCUGUGCACAGGUCAUUUAGCCAUCGAAGAUUUGGAUGAGUUAAGUAGUUUGCAAGCGUCCUCGCUUGGCGCCGCACAUCCCAAUGGGACAAUCUCAGCCCCGACGGGGAAGAUAUCUUGGCAGUUUACACGUUCAGAGUCUGACAUCUCUUUGUGGAUGAGUGGUUUGUUUGCACAUUUGCUCAAAUUGGGCUCCGUCGUUUGGGAUAGCGCCGGGAUCGCUUUGCUCAGUGCUUGUGCGCCUUUGGCGAAGCAUGCCACUGACGCUGCAUGGUUCUCGGAACGCUUGCUGGUGCUUUUGUUGGUGAAGGCAGCCACCAUGGCGAAGAGUGCAAAUUCCUUGGCGAAGGACCUGACAGUCUUCUUCCAGCAGCGCUCUCCGGACCAUGCUCAAGCUAGAUGCCUCUUGCGAGCUUUGCAUCUCAUCCGGGUGCACCAAAGCAAUUUGCAAGGUAGAGCCGUUCCCCAUUUUCCAGCUGAUUUGCAGGAUCCGUUUUGGUCCUCCAUGGAUCUUUUUGCUGCGGCAAAUUGUGCCGCCAAUAUCUCCAACCCUGAAUAUGCAUUCCUUCUGCUGGAGCUGCACCUUCAAAAAUGCAAACCCGAUUUGCCCUUGGAGGAAGCCUUGGAAUUCCUCGGUGGAGGUGGGGGCAUGCAGGGAGUUGAGGCACUAUUUCAACCUCCUUUGCAGGAAGUCCGAUUGUUGCAUGAUCUAGCUCGCCAGCUUCCAGACGAUGAAUUGCUGUACGGCAAGGGUGAUUGGUGCCAUACAUCCUCCCGCUUGGCUCGUGCAGAUUUGGCACAGGACAACCUCACCAGUAUCCACCUGAGAAAUGAACUCUUGGAGUUUGCUUUGCAGCAAAAGAAUGCGGAGGCCGAGAAAGAAGCACGUCAUGGCCUGGAUGUUGCCAUUGCACGCUUGGGUUGGCACUCGUUGUUGACGAGCUCUGUGUUGGAGCCGGAAGACAAUGAGGCCUGGGAGCAGCGUGCUGAGGCUUUGUGGAGAAUGCGGCAGUGGGGGCCCAUCGAAGGAAUGAAGCAUCAGAGCUUUCAUUCAAGCAUUCAUACUGCCUUGUCUGGCCUUUCUUCUGCAGUGCAAGCUGUCGAUUCAGCUUGCACAGCUGGAUGCCUGCUAAGUCCUUCGGCUAGUCAUGAUUUCUCACUGGCAGUGGCUGCGCUGGAGAGACCUCUGCUCAAGAUGGUUGCUACUUCUGUUGGAGAGAUUCAGCUCCAAUCACCCGAGAGUUUACAACUGAAGGCAGUCCAUCUUCAGAUGCUAGGAUCAAUUUUCCAUUGCGCUGAUGCUUUGGUGAUGGAUGUGCACAAGAAGACACAGGUUCAAGGGCAAAGUCGUGGUGUUGCGACACUGGCUUCAAGCUGGCAAAAUGUGAAGCCGUCUGAAGCCGCUAUGCACUUUGUCCACGUAGAGCCACUCUUCGCAUUGCAAGCCUCAAUUCUGGCUACCGCUGCUCAUCCUUUGCCAGAAUGCCGCUUUUUGACGGCUCUUGCAGGGCUUGCGCGCGAAGCUGGCUGGACACAUCGGGCAUUGCUCCUACUGGAGCGCGCCCAGCGUGCAACGAGCAAUGCGAAGCUGACAAGGCAAGACAACCUCAUGUUGCGUUGGGAGCAGGCACGGUGUCUUUAUGAGCUGAAAUCAAGCGAAGCCCUGAGUAUUGCCAAGGCCGUCGCCGCUGAUUGCAGAGGCGACCUGGCUGGUGGUUGUGGUGGCAACGCUUGGGCCGCACAAGUUUUGAGCUGUACUGGACUCUGGCUCUCUCAGUCACGUUUGGAGAGCGCUGACGUGAUUCAGAAGGAAUACUUUGAAGCCGCUGUGGCACUUGAUCCGACUGGAAACCAUGCCGGCCGUCAGUUUGCAGACUUCCUUGACAGUCGCCUGUCUGAAGAGUUGACACGCCAGGGCUCUGCUGCCCAUGCCCGCACCAUUCGCACGCGCAAACUCACGGAGGCCAACAUUGCCCGGGUACAGUCAGAGAUUGAUGCUUUAUCCCGCAGGAGGACGCUCACGGCUCAGACCCAAGAGGAGAUCAGGAAUCUUAACGAGCAGAAACGAAAGCUGGAAAUUUCUAAAGAGGAAGACCAAAGAUCCGUGCAAUCGGAGAAGGAGCGAUUGAAAGCCUUGACCACAGGUUGCAUAAGGCAGCUUGGACGCUGCCUGUCGACUGGUAGCGAAGGCUUGACUCAAGUGGCCUGCCGCUUUUUGUCUCUGUGGUUCGACUACAGCUCCGAAUAUCCUGAAAUCACUCCGAUUAUCAAAGAAGCGACUCCGAAGCUUUCACUCACUCCUGUCAUGCCCUUCAUCUACCAGCUGGCCUCCCGCUUGGAGAUGAAGGACACACACUUCCAACGGACUCUUGAUGAGCUACUGCUUCGAUUGUCCCAAAAGGGCUCCCCAGCCUUGUGGCCGCUCAUUUUGCUUCGAAAUGGUGAUCAAGUGCCCAGGGGCGGAUCUACUUCCUUCAAAGCAGACAUCUCGAAAGUUCAAGCUGCGAAGAGAGUCAUUGAGAAGAUUCGAAAGGUUCCCUCCGUGCGCCCAGUCCUGGAAGCAGUGGAUGUUUUGAGCGCUUUCUAUUUGGCGAUCGCGUUCUAUCCGGUCGACAAGAAGAAUCCAGCAAGUCGGGACAUGAACAUCAAAUUGGGACAGAUCCCCGAGUACAGAGAUGUGGCAAAGGCUUUGCAGUCUUCCAAAGUUCCUGUACCCACAGCAGCUUUCGACUGCAGCGUUCCCAACAUCAAGCACUUUGUUGAUGGCAUCAGCAUUGCAAAGCAGGGCAUCUCAUUCCCGAAGGUUGUGAAACUGGUUGAUCUUGAGGGUCGUGAGUACAAACAGCUGGUAAAGGGCGGAGAUGAUUUGAGGCAAGAUGCUGUGAUGCAGCAGCUUUUUCGUUUGCUGAACGAUGUCUUCAAGGAGAAUGCCAAGUCUUCUGCUCAGCUGCACUUGCGCACCUUCCAAGUGGUGCCCUUGUCGCCCCAAGCAGGAAUCGUGGAAUGGGUGGCCAACACUAUAACAGUUGGAGAGAUCCUUGUUGGGCCUACUGGCAAUCCCGAAGCUGGUGCUCACUACAGGUAUCGACCAAAUGAUUGGUGUCAUGGCACAUGUCGGAAGAAGCUGGCGGAUGUGAAAGAUAUGGCUGACAGCUGCAAGCUCCAGACCUUGAAAGAAAUCUACCAGAACUCCAAGCCAGUGAUGCACCUUGUUUUCCUGCAGCGUUUUUGGUCACCACAAGAGUGGCACAGGGCACGGCAGGCCUACGCACGAUCUACUGCGGUGAGUUCUAUCGUAGGCUACAUCGUUGGCCUUGGUGACCGUCAUCCGAACAAUAUCCUUUUUGACGUACGGACAGGUGAGUUGAUCCACAUUGACUUCGGCAUUGCCUUCGAAGCUGGGCGCUUGCUCAAAGUGGCUGAGCAAGUGCCCUUCCGCCUGACGCGUGACAUCGUUGCAGGCCUCGGUUGCCUUGGGACCUGUGGCCUCUUUCGACGCUGCGCUGAGACGGCGAUGGCACAGCUGCGCAGCAAUGCACCACUGGUGAAAGCUGUGGUGGAGGUGUUUGUGCACGACCCCAUUUACUCUUGGUCAUGCAUGACCCCAAAGAAUGUCCAAAAAGAAGCUGGCGAAGCGGCAGGACAUUCGGGCCAAUGGGCAGGCGAGCUCCUUUCCGAGGAGGAGGGCAAUGAUUUUGCCAGGCGCGCAGUCUUAACCGUGAAGGAAAAGCUGGUCGGCGGCAGCGGGCACUUGGGUGUUCCUGCACACGUCCGCGGCCUCAUUCAUGAAGCCAUCGAUCUCCAAAACUUUUGCAGGAUGUUCCACGGAUGGCAACAGUGGGUGUGA